AACCCAACAUUAGCUUCUGUCGCGGCGGUAGGACUGAUCUCCGCUGGCGGGUUGGAGACCAGCUUGAACGGGGCGGGGCGGACCCGUGCCAAGAACAUGAGAGCGGAAACGCGGGGCAUGAAUUUGCAGCAAACACCACAAACAAUGAUAUCGAUACCGGAGGGCUCACGACUUUUACGCAACGCUCAUUUCUUGCUGCCCACGAAAUCACUCUCCCUUACUACAUUAUCUGCGCGACUCAUAUACCGUGCAAACCUUUGACGCACUACAAUGCCGGAUGUAGUGAAGUUGGCGCAGGAGGCGGAGACGAACCCGCGGGGCAUACCGAAAGCUCCAUUCGUCGACCGUGUCGAGGAUUAUGUUACCGACCGCUCUGAGGUGGAGAGCACCAUCAACAGCUUCAAAGAGAUGAUCUCGAAGUACCAGUUCAUGCAAGCAAACACACAACGGCGAGCGGCAGGACUGAAGGACAAGAUCCCAGACAUCUCAAAAACACUGGAAACAGUGCGCUUCCUGAAGACGAGAGGAGCGGACGCAGACCCUAUCGAGACAACUUUUGAGCUGAAUGACACAUUGUUCGCAAAGGCCGAGGUGCCGCCCACAGAUGAGGUGUAUUUGUGGCUGGGUGCGAAUGUCAUGCUGGCAUAUCCGAUUCCCGAAGCGGUGGAGCUGCUCACAUCAAAGCUGUCGACUGCAAAGGCUAGUCUGGCGACGUGCGAGGAAGACUUGGACUUCCUGCGCGAACAAAUUACGACGCUAGAGGUCGCAUUCGCACGAGUGUACAACUGGGAUGUCGCGCAGAGGAGAAAGGAGCGUGAAUCAGGCGAGCUGACAGAGGACAAGAAGGGGAAGUCGAAGAGCUAGGAUAUGGAUCUAGAAAGAUGAUUGAACGCUGAUGACACAUUCAAGCAUUUGCUGGCGCCUAAAAUGAUACCAAUA